AUGAUAUUUUAUUGCUGCAGAAUGCAAUCACAAAGAUCCAGGUGGAAUACUAACAAUAUGAAACGGACAAAUCUAUGGUCUUCCCAAUAACCAGAAACUGUCAAAAAAGAAGAUCUUUCAGAGGAGGAGGAAGUGCAAGACAAUGAAGAUGAUUAGGAGUUGGAAUAAUUUAAAAAAAGAAUGUAGAGUGCUCCUCCCAGAUAUUACAUUAUUCGAUUGAGCGAAGAAGAGGACUAGUCAUCUUCCAGUCAUUAGUUAUCAUAGGUUGAAGAAUAACUCGAAGAACAAUAAGAAGACGAUGAUACAACUAGAUUAUCAGAUGAAUCUUCCAGCAAUUAGGACUAUGAUUAAGUACCUGAUGAUAGACCAAAUAUAAAACCAAAAUCAUUGGAACCUUUCUCCUUUAAAAAACGAUAUUAUAGAACCGACUAAUCGUGA